CUUUACAAAAAAGGGUUUUAAAAGGUGUUUCUUUGCAAAUUUUCCCUAUUUAUUUAAACCUCGAGGAGUUGUUGGUCUACUUGUUCUUCUACUUCGACAUCGAACCCAAGCUCUCCUUCCGUUUCUUUUUCAUGGUUGGCCGAAUCUUCAACGCAUUCGUAGUGAUUUCUCAGAAUUUUACCUCCAAAAUUCUAUUGCCGCCAUUGAAGUUGCGCCAUAAUCAAAUACUAUCGAACAUAAGAUCAAUGAGAAGAUGAGGUAUGUGAAGCCAUUGCGCUUGUUUCAAGAUAUGAUUAAAGCGAAUGUAUCCAAACGAGAGCGGUUUUUGGGCUUGGAUGUUGGUGAUAAGUAUGUUGGACUUGCUGUUUCAGACCCUGAAAACAAAAUUGCAACACCUUUAAGUGUUUUACUCCGGAAGAAAUUCAGCAUUGAUUUGAUGGCUGAAGAUUUCAACAAUUUGAUUUCAGAAUUUUCUCUUGCUGGCUUAAUUGUUGGCUGCCCCUUUGAUAGACAGCGGCUCAGCCCAGAUGGUGUUCAAGUGAAGGUUUUCAUAGACGAUCUUUGUAAAACCGGGAAACUUCAAGGUGUAAAAUAUACUUAUUGGAAUGAGUGCUUUACAUCAAAGAAUGUAGACUUGCUUUUGAAGCCACUAACAUUACAUCCAGUGGAAAUGAAAACUAUGCUUGACAAAUUUGCUGCUGUGGGUAUUUUACAGGGAUAUCUGGAUUAUGUUAACCGCAAUGGGCUGAAUCUUGAUGUUGAAGAUCAUGCUAGAAAAAGUUGAGUGGCUUUGUACUUCCAUUUGAAUACUCUUUUGUUUCACUCAUUUUGCAACAUUUGAGUUAAAAAGUUCUGACAUCGAAAAAUUCAAGGUGGUGUUAGACGAGGGGAUAGAGGAGUAGAUUAAUUAUCCUCUGUUGUAAUCUGUAAAGAUGAGAUCUUUGAAUUGUCAGCUCCUGAAUUUCAGAUGCACUUACUAUUUGUUGACAAUAAUUUUUAAUUAUUAUUAAUUUCAAGAAAGAAUAAUUAUCAUCUAAUCAGAAC